UUUUGAAAUACAGUUUUUAUACAAAUUAGCAGGAUCAUACAAAGCACUAAAAUUCUGAAUCAUACCACAUUUUUAUGGUGUUUGUGACUCAUUUUCAAUGAAACUAGAAAGGUAGAUAUUUCACAUUGCCAAAAUGCUCUAACAUGUCAGCCAAAAACGUUUGUGGUUUCUCAGCUGGUUUAACAUUCACAGUAGAUUUCAACCAUUUCAUAACUAUGGGAUCUAAUCUAAAUGCUCAGCAUUGUCCUUUUCAGCUCGAGUUGUUGUCCAAUUUGUCAUAAGCAAUCAAGUGAGACGCCAUCCAAAAUGUCGAGGCAUGGGAACAGACGUGUGUGAGCUGCCCCCUCCUGCUCUGAUAUGUCCAUCUCUGUCCCAUAACACACACCUGAUACCCUGUGACCCCAAUACCACCCGCCCACCCAUGCGGAACUGCACACACACACAAACACACACACCAGUUUCAUCACCAUUUCUGCAUUUGACCCUAUUAGUUUACUUUGACGGGUCAUUUUACAGAUUGAUUUGCUAAUCUAUUAGAGAGAAAUGUUGUCACAACCGUGGAAAAUCGGAGAAUAACACACACAUUUUGCUGACCUAGAAUCUGUCCAUGGGAAAGCGUUGCCCAUAUUUUUGUCUCAUCUCCCCUGCGAUCCCAUUACUCACAGGUUCCUCUUGCCCAAACACCCUCCCACCCAAAACACUCCUCAUUUCAUCUUGAUUCCUGACAGCCCACACACAGCUCUGCUGGAUUUAUUCCUCUGUUAACUCAGUUUUAAACCCCUUUCUCUGUAAAAGUCGUUUUUUGGUGGACAUUUGCCCGUUGUCAGGAGUGUUGGCCUGCCAUCAUGGCUCCGGCCGGCUCACAGACGGAUGUGAAAGGCUCUCUGAAUGGGAGUAUGGAUUUGUAUAACCACUGGUUCGGUCCGACGACCCCGCGACCUCCUCUACGAAAUUACCUGGUCCUGACCAUCCUCACCUGCUUCUGUCCUGCUUACCCCGUCAACAUCCUAGCCCUGGUGUUCUCCGUCAUGUCCAGAAACAGUUAUGAUCAGGGAGAUUAUGAUGGAUCGAGGCGUUUAGGGAAGAUGGCGCUCUACGUGUCGAUCGCCUCCAUCAUCAUCGGCAUCCUCAUCAUCACCAUCUUCUGCGCUGUGCAUUUCAGCACGAAACACGUUUAAGAUGCCGGUGUUUCUGGAGGAAGGACGUCCACUGGGUCAGCGCUUUUGAUAAACUCAACCGAGGGUUUAUAAAACCAAGACCAGGACAGACUCAGACCGACACCACUUCUCAUCCGUCUGCAUGAGUAUGCUUAUACAAUAUCAAAAGAGAGAGGUAGAUGGCAGGGCUUUUUUUUACAGACAAUUUUACAGACAAUCACAUUCAAUGUAUGCACCUUUAAAUCACUUAAUACAAUCAAUGCAUCCACGCACAUGCUGAAUAUGUACAUAAUUUUGUAACCUAUGCAUGUCUAUUCUUUUUCAAAUUAAUUUUUGUGCCGUUGAAAUAGGGCUGAAUGUGUCUGCGAAACAUGGUUAAUAAUGACACUAACCAGUAAAUAUGAUUAGAGCGCAUCACACUGUUUACAGUCUUCAAGUCUUAACUGGUCCUAUAAAACUAAUCACUGGACAUGGCCAUACUGAAUAUGUAAAUAUGAAUCAUUUUUGGUGCUUAGUGUUUUCCUCUGCAAGUAGAUCAUGAAAAAAAUGAUAAAGGUCUUCAUUUUUAUAAUAACUUUUGGAUUUUUUUUUAAAGUGAUUAUGUAUUUAUGUGUUGUCAAAUGUUUUAGAAUUUAAAGGACACUAAUUUGGAAUUAAAUGUUUGUACUAAUAAAAUAAUAAACUGCAUUUAUAAAGCACCAUUCAUCCAACUA